AUGGCGUCCCCUUCGCCCGACGACACUGUCGAGCGGAUGGAUAUGGAUAUCGACCCCAACCUGCUGCCGUCGAAAGACGAAGCGGACGACGAAGACGACCCCAUCACGGCAUCCUACUCCAUCUUCCUCAACCCCGCACCACCCCUCGGUCGCCGUCUCCUCGUCCUGCAGCACCCCAACCGCACCGACGACACGCCGCGCCCGCCGCCGACGGAGAUGCGCCUCAAGGCUCACUCGGGCAUGGUCGAGGUCGACAUGCCCAUCGACACCGCCGCCGCUUACGACCGCGAAAAGGGCCUCAAAUGGGGCCGCACCCUCCACUCUUCCAUGGCCACCAAGAACGGUGGCAGCCACGGUCUUGCCGGCGGCUUCGGCUUCGGCGCCGUCCAGCAGCGAGGCCCCGGGCGGAAGAAGACGGCGGCCGACGACGACGACGAGGGCGUGCUGGACUGGAACGACGCCGUGAGGCAGGACAAGGUGCUGAGAAUGCAGACGCUUGGAGGACAGUAUCCCGACAUCGAGGAGGUCCAGUACAUGCUCCAUCACAUCGACGCAACCACCCAACAGGAGCGCAAUGCCGCAUCGUCCGCCGCCAAGGAGGCCGCGCCCCCUGGCCCCGCUGCUCGUGCCAUUCACAUGACCAUCAAGACCACCACCGACGGGGACACCAUCACCACCGAAACCAUGGCCGACCGUCUGCGCUACGUCCAGACCGAGCCCUGGCGCAAGCUGCGCUAUACCGAUGAGAACGAUGAGGCCUCUUGGGAGGUCUACAACGACACCCUGUUCCUGAAGCCCAAGCCCGACGCCGACGGUGCCGACGUCCCCGUGGCCGAUGCCAAAGGAGACCUCGAGGAAGCCGUUUCCACCUUUGCUUCCAAGUGGGGGAGCAAGCAGAUGCUCGAGGCUGUCAGUGACAUUGUCUUGCCGGAGCCCGGACCACGGCCGCAAAUCAAGCCUGAGCUCUCCGACAAGCAGCAGGGCAGCGGGCUUCAUGAGCAAAACGAGACGCCGAAACUCAAGGGCAAGGCCCGAAGUGGAAGCACAGCAGCACCCCCGCGGAAAGGCUCGCGAUCCAAGGCGUCCUCUUCAAAAGCUGCCGUCAGCAUGGACUGA